GAUGUCGGCUGGAGAAUCAAUUGGUUUCACAUUACAUGCUUACUCGAAGGCGCGUGGUUGACUGUAAGAUCGAUGUAAAUAUGCGUUCAGAUGAGAAAAUAUUGGAUCUUCGAGGCUUUUCACAGCGCAAGGAGUUGCUUUUCUUGUCAUUCAUAAUUUGUUUGGCAUGUCGGCUUGAGAAGCGAUUGGUUUCACAUUACAGGAUUGCUCCAAGACUUUGGCUGACUCCGAGGUCGUGUUCCUCACCACAAGUUGAUGAAAACCGCAGUUCUUAUCAGCAAGUUGGAAUCCAAUUUAAGCUUUCGUCUUCGUCUCCCUGUCCUCUCACUUGUCUACCAUCUUCGUGAGGAAAUGGCGCUAAGACAGACUUUACCGCUGUUGCUGCUGCUCCUCUGCUCCCUAAUGGCUGCAGAGGUGGUGACCUCAAGGAGGUCUAUCUCCGAUGUCCAAGUCGAGGCUUUGCUGGCCUUCAAGGCCUCCAUCUCCGAUGACCCUCUCGGCGCACUGGCCGAUUGGAACACCACCAUUCAUCACUGCAACUGGAGCGGGCUGACCUGUGACCCAUCAACCGAUGCCGUCAUCUCCAUCAGCCUUCCCCAGAUGCAUCUCAGGGGCAGGCUAUCCCCGUAUCUCGGAAACAUCUCCACUCUCCAAUUCCUUGAUCUCACUGCCAACUACUUCUUCGGUCCGGUCCCUCCUGAACUCGGACUUCUGCCUCAACUCAGUGAGUUUGGUCUGAGUGAGAAUCUUCUGUCAGGGCUGAUACCUUCAGAAUUUGGUAGCUUGGAAAGUCUUCAGUGGUUGGAUGUAAGCAACAAUUCCUUCAGUGGAAGCAUCCCGGACAGCAUCUGCAACUGCACAUCUCUCUUAAUUCUAAUCCUCGGUUCGAAUAAUCUGACUGGUACGAUCCCUUCAUGCAUCGGUAACUUGAUAAAUCUUCAGUUCUUCACGGCGUAUUACAAUUAUCUCAUCGGUCCCUUGCCUGAUUCAUUUGAAAGGCUAACAAAUCUGCAGACGCUAGACCUUAGUGUGAAUCAGUUGUCAGGAACUAUACCUCCUGCGCUCGGUAACUUCUCGCAUUUGGAAGUUGUUCAGCUUUACGAGAACAGUUUUGUUGGUGUCAUCCCUCCUGAGCUAGGCCAGUGCUCUAACCUGACCUUGUUGAACAUUUACAGCAAUCAACUCAGUGGCAGCAUUCCCCCUCAGCUCGGAGAAUUACACAAGCUAAAAGCUUUACGUGUACAUGACAACAAGUUGAAUUCAACGAUUCCUGCUUCCCUAUCCCGUUGCAAGUCGUUAGUCUCUCUUGGUCUUUCUGAGAAUGAGCUAACCGGUCGAAUUCCAUCUGAAUUUGGGUCUCUUACUUCAGUUCAGUGGCUUUCUCUUCAUGUCAACAGAUUGACAGGAGAAAUCCCUCCAUCGUUGAUGAACUUGACGAACCUCAGGUACCUGUCCUUGAGUGAGAAUUCACUGUCAGGACCGAUACCGCCGAACAUAGGAUCACUCCACAAGCUGGAGUUUUUGGUCAUUCACCACAACUCUUUGGAUGGCCCGAUUCCAGUGAGCAUCACCAAUUGUUCUCAUCUAUUCAAUGUAAGUGUUACUAACAACAAGUUCACAGGGGGAUUACCUUUUGGGUUGGGUAAGUUGCAGAACUUCACGUUCUUCUCGGUUGGAUCUAAUUUGCUCUCUGGAAGCGUUCCUGAAGAUCUGUUCAACUGUAGCAAGCUCAAAACUCUGGACUUGGCAGUCAACAAGUUAACCGGCUCACUCAGUCCAGAGAUUGGAAAACUAACCAACUUAGGGAUCUUACAGUUGCAGCAUAAUUCCUUGUCUGGAUUGAUUCCACCAGAGAUUGGAAAUCUUAGCAUGUUGUUCAAAUUACAGCUUCAUAGCAAUAAUUUUGUUGGUCAGGUUCCUACAGAGAUCUCAAAGCUGUCAAGUCUUCAGGGACUCUUCCUUGGAAAGAAUUCUCUUGAAGGAGAGAUUCCCAAGCAGGUGUUUCAACUGGAACGGCUUGUUCUGUUGGAUCUGCAGUUCAACAGGUUUGUAGGGCCUAUCCCAGAUGCCAUGGGAAAUCUCCAACAGCUCGCUUAUCUGUACCUCAACGAUAACAUGAUUAAUGGCUCAAUUCCACAAGCUAUGAAGAAUCUGCGGCGACUUCUCACGUUGGAUCUUUCGCACAAUCGGCUAAGCGGAUCGAUUCCAGGUGCUGUGAUGGCAAGCAUGUCAAACAUGCAGAUGUACUUGAAUCUAUCAAAUAAUAUGUUUGUAGGUUCUCUGCCAAUGGAAAUUGGUGGUCUAGAAAUGGUUCAAGAAAUUGAUCUCUCAAACAACCAACUGUCAGGGAGUAUUCCUGCUUCGCUGAAGGCCUGUAAGAACUUGGACUCGCUGGACAUCUCUGCUAAUAAAUUUUCAGGUGAGCUACCUGCCAGUAUUUUUCCUCAGCUUGACUUGCUUACUAGCUUGAAUCUCUCAAACAAUGAGUUAUACGGACAACUUCCCAGCAGCAUAUCAGAGCUAAAGAGCCUUGUCUCCCUUGAUGUUUCUCACAAUCGGUUCAGCGGACAGAUACCAGAGAGCUUGGCUAAUCUUACAAGCUUACAAACACUCAACCUUUCUUUCAAUCAGUUCGAAGGGUUCAUUCCAAAAGGUGGGAUAUUUAGUAAUUUGUCUUCAUCGAAUUUGGAAGGAAAUCCUGCACUAUGUGGCUCAACUUCUUCUUCUACCUGCAAGAAAGGAAGCCAGAAGUUGACAACAAAGGCAUUGAUCAUUGUUAUUACAUUAUGCUCUCUAUUUGUUUUCCUGCUAGUGCUUUUUGUGGGACUGAUCUGCUUCUGGAAACGUGAUAAAAAUCAAUUCUCACAUCACGCCACGGAGCUUAGUACUGAACUUCCCCUCAUCCCAGACCUGAAAAGAUUCACACGGAGUGAGCUAGAGGUUGCUACAGAGUCAUUUAGUGAAGAAAAUGUGAUAGGUCGGAGCAAUUUGAGCACUGUCUACAAAGGAAGGCUUGAAGGUGAUGAGCACUUUGUAGCUGUGAAGAGGCUAAACUUGGAGCAGUUUCCUGUUGAGUCUGAUAAAUGCUUUUUCACUGAACUGAAGGUUUUGAGCAGAUUGAAGCACAGGAAUUUGGUUAAGGUGUUGGGCUAUGCUUGGGAAUCAGGGAAAAUGAAAGCUCUAACUCUGGAGUUCAUGGAGAAUGGAAAUCUGGAAAGCAUCAUACACAGUCCACAAAUCAAUUUUUCGAGGUGGACAAUCUAUGAAAGGUUGCAGGUCUGCAUCUCUGUUGCAAACGGGCUUGCUUACCUGCACUCAGGCUAUGACUUCCCUAUAGUUCACUGUGAUCUCAAGCCAUCAAACAUCCUUUUGGAUAGAGAUUGGGUUGCCCAUGUGAGUGACUUUGGUACAGCUCGCAUGUUGGGAGUUCAUUUGCAGGAUGGAAGCAACCAGACCUCAUCUGCAGCCUUCCAAGGCACCAUUGGCUACAUGGCACCAGAGUUUGCAUAUAUGAGGAGAGCGAGCACAAAAGUGGAUGUGUUCAGCUUUGGAGUGGUUAUGAUGGAGCUAUUCACCAAGAGAAGGCCUACGGGAUUGAUUGAAGAAAAUGGUAUUUCCCUUACAUUGCAGCAGCUUGUGGAGAAGGCCAUUGUCACUGGACUCGACAGUGUUCUCCAAAUAAUAGACGGCGACAUGAACCUCGCGAGUGAGAUAGAAGAAGAAAGAGUGACGGGGGUGUUGGAGUUAGCUUUGUCAUGCACUAGCUUUUCUGCAGAGGACCGGCCAGACAUGAACGAAGUGCUCUUAUCGUUGCUGAGACUGAUCGGGGACAAGAAUUAGCUGGUUGGAAUUUUAUCUAUUUAUAUAACAUCUUUCUGCAUGUUUUACGUUAUGUUUCUUCAUAGCACUCAGUAGAGUGCAAACUCGAGCAAAUCAGGGGAGUUAUGUCACUAAAUGUAUUCUGGACAAGUAGUUUUUACUAGAAAUAACAUGCAUUGUGGCUUCUUUUUCCUUUUAA